AGUCCAACAGCAAAUACGGGAAAUACAACAUCCAUGCUUAUUCUCAUACUGCGACGAUACUAUACGUUUGCAUUAUGGCUGACGUUACCAGUUUCAUUCAAAGAUGCGAACAUUUGGCUACUUCGAUGUGAUAGUGGUGUAGGGAGGGUGCACUGUGAUUGUACCCAGGGGGCCCGUCUUAUGCCAUCACUAUCUUCGUUCAGCUACUGGGUCUCGAGGAUCAAGUGCAUUGAGGGCAUCAUGACUUCCAUAUUUUCUACGCUGUCUCGUCUUGCCCUCUCCAUUUGUCUCCUCCUAACAGUAGCCUUCAUUGAUGCAGGCGUCAGAGUUUCAGACCCUGUAGCAUCACAGAGCAUCACGCAGGUGGCGUGUGGGAUUGACAGCGCACAAGAUGGGAUUGGUCAAAUUGUCAACGCUCUUUCCGCCGGUCAACAAGCUCCUCCUUCCGACAGACAACAGGUUGCUGAUGGACUGAACUGCGCAUUCACUGCUCUUGCGAACAUCACAUCGGCGGAUCCAGCUGUGACGCAGAAUUUGAGCAAAGUCCAACAGGAGCUGAAGGACACAGGAACUGCAGGAGAUGGAGUUUUGGCAGAUUGCAAGUAGUCACGCUGAGCAUAACUCACCACACUCGUUUAGUUCCCACACUUGUGAUGAUACUACUGGUAUUCAUCGCAUCCAUCCUCGAGAUGACACCAAUGCCAUAUUAUACUCAAUCUGUGAAAUAUAGUCUGAUGUAUCUU